GUAAUGUUUACACGAUGCACAUAAUCACAACGAUAUUGCAAGGUGUAGGGGCAGUUUCUGGUGUACACAGAAACAUAUACUUGUGCUGUAGCGAGUUCAGCGUUAUCGGCAGUGUGACAGUGUUGUUGUAGCGGGAAGCGGCACGUGCUAGCUCAAUCACAUGACUCGCUACUCGACCGCCUGUCGAAACAUGGCUCCGAAGUUAGUUAGGUCAGCCGUGAGCCUGUUUUUUGAGUACGAUACCCCUAGGAUUGUUCACAUCAAGAGCAAAAAAGUCGGCAUAAUCAACCGAUUUCUACAGCUAUGCGUCAUCGGCUAUGUGAUAGGGUAUGCAAUUGUUUACAAGAAAGGAUACCAGGAUUUUGAAGAUGUCCAAAGUGCCGUUACCACCAAGGUGAAAGGAGUGGCCUUCACAAAUCUCACAGACAACCCGGGUAUAGGGACGCGGGUGUGGGAUGUCGCAGAUUAUAUUGUCCCCCCUCAGGAAAAUAAUGCCUUUUUUGUGAUGACGAACAUGGUCAUAACACCAAACCAGACAUUCUCAGAAUGUGAAGAGGAUCCUGGUGUGACGGAUGGCCAUUGUCAAACAGAUGAGGAUUGCACACCCAAUACACCUGUGACAGCAGGCAAUGGUUAUAAAACAGGAAUUUGUAUUAACUCAACUCGAAACAAGACCCAGAGAGUGUGUGAAAUAUAUGCGUGGUGCCCCGUGGAGAUAGACCAAGCACCAAAGACUGCAGUUUUACUAGAAUCAAGAACCUUUACAGUUUUCAUAAAAAAUAAUGUGGAGUUUCCAAAAUUUUCAGUAAAAAGACGCAAUUUGCCCAACAAUGCCACGGACGCGUAUCUACAGAUGUGUAGAAACAAUGCCUACGACACUGUGGACCAAUACUGUCCUAUAUUUAUACUGGAGACUAUUGUCAACCGCACUGGACAAGACUAUGCACGCAUUGCCGAACAGGGUGGUGUCAUACAGAUUGUUAUAACCUGGGACUGUAACCUUGACUACAGCGUGGAUGAUUGCGUCCCGGAGUACACCUUUAGGAGACUGGAUAGUGACGAUUAUAAAGUUUCUAAAGGAUAUAAUUUCAGGUAUGCAGAACAUUAUAUGGAGGAGAAUGUGAGAAAGCGAACCUUGGUGAAAGCCUACGGCAUCAGGUUCAUCCUCACCGUGCAGGGGCGGGCGGGCAAGUUCAACGUUGUGCCUCUUUUACUGAAUAUUGGCAGUGGUCUGGCCCUGCUGUCUAUAGCCACGAUCGUGUGUGAUGUGGUAGUGCUGUACUUCCUAAAGGCACGGACCUACUACCGGGACAAGAAAUACCUAACUGUGACAGGAGACGACGCCUACGAGGUGGAGCUAGUAGGUUCCCCCAACUGUAAGGCAGGACAGUUCCAGUACGGAACAAUGACUGAAGAAGAUUAACCACGUAUUCCUCCCUUCGUUCCCUCUUUCUUUACUAAUACAGCCGAUGGAGGAGGACCGGUUCAAAGAAAACAAGGAAGAUAACACUCCUUCCAAUGUGAACAAUGGGAAGUAGUCACAGGAGACGCCAGAAUACCCACCCACUGAAGUGCUACGCUGUGAUAUACACCUCUCUCCGUCUCUCAUGGACAGUGACAUCACUUCCUGUUUUGUGACAUCACUUCCUGUUUUCAGUGCAGACUUCCCAACUGGAGCCAAUCAGUGACAAAUACAAACUGUCCCCUGACCUCUACUGAAUAUUUUGAAGCUUAUGCCUUUCCCAAAUAAACCUAGUAAUAAUUAAAGUUAGUAUGUUAGAAAAUUCUCUUAAAUCUGAAUUCCUACUCAUGUUCAAAGCCAAUUGCAGUGUUGUGUUCAAACUCCAAUAAAUUUGAACCAAGGGCAGGUAAUUCUAAUUUGCCAACCCAAAAUCAAAUCUGUUACAAUUAACCUUUAAGGUAUGUAAGCAACUAUUGAUAUGUUAGGUCAAGAAGGAAAAAAAACUGACUGGUCUCUGCCUAAAAUCAUCCCUCCUUGAAGAACAGACUAGCUUGAUGUAUUUACUAUGGUCUCCAGGCUUUGAGGGUACAAGGGUUUUACUGUAUUUGUCAGAUUGCUCGAAGCAUCUGGUUGGCGAAUCCAUCGUCAUGAAUAAAGAUUUUACUGUUCAUGAUUUUAAAGUAAAUAUAAAUUGAACUUAAAUUAGGCUUUACACAGUGUAUUGUUAAACAAAGUAUUAAACUAGUUCUUGAUGCUCAUUUCAUAACAUUUUAGGGGUCAGAAAAAUCAGGAAUCCAAAAGUAAUAUAACAAAUAAUGUGUUGCAUUUUUAAUUUCAAACAAACAUUGGAUGAUUAAAGUCAUAGGAAUUCAUUUUCCUUAUUAGCCUAGAGAGCAGCUGGAAUAAAUGUGACUAAAUUAUUAUUGCUUGCAAUUUACACCUAAUCAGGAGCUUGGUAAGAUGUACAAGACAUAUAUAUAUUUUAUGUUCAUUUAACAAAAUUUCUUCAUGAUUAGCAAAGAAAAUGGCUGCAAGGGAGACAACUCCAGAUAGAUUGUGUUGAAUGAUGCAAAUGAACAUACAUAUGGACUAGUAUUUUUUGUAACAACAAAAAUUAUGUUUUGUUAUUACAUUAUAGUGUUAGCCAUUAAUUAGAACUGUGGGUAGUGAUUUGGAGGGGGGAGGGAGGGGGGGAAGGUGUUCCUUCCCUGGGUUGCAGACCAUGUACAUAGACUCACCAUAACUAUCUCAUCGCCAUGACAAUGUGUGUCCGAUGUUUACGAUUCUACAGCCAGCAUACAAGUAGCUUUAUAACAUGUAACAAUUGAUCAAGGCCAAGCUUAAUCAGAUCAAUCUUAUCAAAAUCAGAUCUUAGCGUUUGCUACCACUACACAAAGAUCUGAGCCUGUUACAGGUCAUGUCAGAACAGCCUUUCACGAACUUUAACUUACCAGUCACAUGGCUAACAAGUCAAUAAAGAUCUGAUUUUAAUGAGAUUGAAUCAGAACCCACAGAGGCUUCUGCAGUGAAUGUAUAUGUUUCUAGUUCAGGGGAGGUGUGGGGGAUUUCAUACAGUUAAAGAGUGCCAGGCUGACAUUGGAUGCACCGUGAUAAACCGUAUUCGACGUAAUGAACGCCCCGCUCUAAUAAGCACCCACGGCGAUAUUUGCUAACAUAUUAGCUAGUGAACAAUACCAAUUAGCACCCCUUCCGAUUGAUCAAUGUACACAACACUUAUU